GUUAUAUUGUAAGUAACGCCAUAUCAUAAUAUUAGUAGCGUGUUUCAGACAGUCGGUUCAGAUUAUGUCAGAAUACGGUUGAUUGUGUUUUGUUGUUUCAUUUACGGAUAAGUAUAUUUAAAAUUCAUCAAAAUGACAGACAAAGGACAAGAAGAAAGAAAUGCCAUUAUAAGGCAAAAGAUGUUGGACAUGAAAAAUAUUAGAAUAGAAAAAAUGCCAAUGGACUCACCAUGGUUGAGACCGGCUCGAAUGAGCUUUCGUCAAAAUGGUGAAGAUAAAGCUUGGGAUUUGUCUAGAAUUCAUGACAGUGUAGCAAUUAUCGUAUUUAAUAUAAGUAGAAAAAAAUUAAUAUUUGUUCGACAAUUUCGACCAGCUGCCUAUUAUGCUACGCUUCCCGAGAAAUUUCAAGAGGUUGACAUUAAGAAUUAUCCAUUAGAAACUGGAUUAACCUUGGAAUUAUGUGCUGGUAUUAUUGAUAAGAAUGCGACACUUGCUGAAAUUGCAAGUAUAGAGUUGAGAGAAGAAUGCGGAUAUGAAGUACCUCCUACUGCUUUUACGGAAAUAGUUACUUACCGUGAUGUUGGUAGCACAGUUGGCAAACACACACUAUUUUAUGUUGAAGUAAGUGACGAGAUGCACAUACACCCUGGCGGUGGUGCUGAAUCCGAAGGAGAACUCAUCGAAGUGGUAGAGAUGAGUCCCGAAGAAGCAAAUAAUUACAUCGCUUCUGGAGAUGUACAGAGUCCACCAACAUUUUUGUAUGGAGUUUUAUGGUUUUUAACAGCAAAAAAAGAUCGUUACUGUUAAGAUUGUUAAAUCUAUAUAAACAUGUACAUUCAAUCAUUU